AAGUCCUCGCCCUAAUCAGUGCGGCCCACCUGUCUUUAUUAGCUGCUCCCCGGGCGGCAUGGCCGCCCUCUGCUCCGGUCCUCCGCCGACACCCGUGGAUAAGUAGCUGCAGCGGUCCGGCACGGGAACUCUGUCUCCGGCUGUGACCAUGGCCAGGACCGGUUUCUCCGACUCCAAGCCUCUGCUGGACUUACACAAGAGGUUGUGGUCAUAAAAACUGAUGGGCAUAACAGAUCAGUGAAGACUCUCUGUUGUCCCUGCAGGCGGAUGAGAGGAGAGCCCCAUUAAGAACUUGGGCUAACGCCUGUGGGCCUAUAGAUCGCUGGCAGCCUGUAGAAGUUGAGGAGUCCAGGAUGGCCCCUGUCAAAAUGGAGCCAGAACGCAGAUGGGAAAGGAGGUUAUCGAUGCAAACAAGUGAAGGCAUCAUCAUGGGGUUCCACGAAGACAGUCAGACACACUCAACUGAUGUAGACGCUUGUGUGGAGGAGAAAGUGCUUCUUUACCCUCAUGGGCUGCAGGGUCUUCACAGCCUACAGGCGCUGGUGCCCAGCUUGCUGCGCCAUGAAGUAGAGAUAGCACUGGAGAAACUGGGCCUCAUAUGGGACCGGACAUACGCCUGGGAUAUGUUCUUGGACAUGAUGAGAACUCAAACAUGGAACUCUUUUCCCAAUGCUGAGCUGCCUCGGCAUUUCACAGAUUCCACUCGAGCUGUCCUGGUAGACUGGCUCAUUCAAGUUCAUGAGAUGAUGCAUUUCCAGGAAGAGACCCUCUAUCUGGCCAUACACCUCCUCAACUGCUCCCUGCGUCAGAUCAAGGUGACCACUGCCAAUCUGCAGCUGCUCGGCAUGGUUUGCCUCUUCCUUGCUGCAAAGAAGGAAGAGUGUCUCCUCCCUGAGGUGUCUGGACUCUGCUACUUAAUGGAUCAUACCUACACUAAGCAUCAGCUGCUGCGAAUGGAGCGCAAAGUCCUCUGUGGGCUGAAGUUUGAUUUGUCCUACUGUCCCCCUCUGGUUUUUCUUCUGCUUCUUGCCUCCAUUGCUCGCUGCAGUGCUAAGGUGGUGUGGAUGGCUCGUUACCUGCUGGAGCUGUCUCUCCUGGAGAGCCAGUGUGUGGUGUUUCUGCCUUUGCAGCUGGCAGGAGCGGCCCUCUGUUUGUCCCGCCAGGUCCUGCAGGAGCCCCCGACACCAGAGGGGGAGGCUGCUUGGUGUCUGGCUUCCAGCGUCCAUGUCGGCAGUGAGACUGCCCUGCUGAGGAUCAUGCACAUUCUGGCCAAUGCUGGAGCCAAGGCCCAAACCCGAGAGACCUGUGCUACUUUUAUUAAAUUCUCCUCCCCAGAGACUAUGCAUGUCAGCAGACAUCCAGGUCUAAAGAACGCCUCUGCUCUGCUGGGCAUACGCACUUGAAAGCUUCAAGGUAGAGAUAUUAGCCCAGUAUAACUUAAGGACUUGACUCCUGUGUGGUCCAAGCCUCUGUAUGCUGAGGAAUUACCAUGGAAAUGGGUGAGGAAGAAGUGUGAAAGAUUUAAUGCCAAACAUUGUUUGACAAAGAAUUGCAUGCAUUUAGCAUGCAUGGGAUUUAGCCAACCUAGUGGAACAACAGUUUUAUGAUCUUAUCUUGCAGCCAAUUUAGAAAAUAUUUGAAUUGUACUGAUGUCCUUGUCUUGUCAUAUUGUGGAGAGGAUGUGGGCUUUCUAUCUAGUUAUUUGUGAGUGAAGUUUUAAUGUAAAAAUAAAGUGUCUGCUGCAAAGUA